GGAGGUGAACAGCGGUAGCGCUCUGUGUCAUACCUUGCAUUAUUUCUCAGGGACGUAGCGGACUGUGGAGGUAUCGCCUGUGGACACAUGGAGCUGAGGGAAGCCGGGCUUCGGCGGCAGGCGGUGAAGAGACAUCUACAUAAACAUAAUUUAAAACACCGUUAUGAGUUUCUGGAGACGCUGGGGAAGGGAACGUACGGCACUGUGAAGAGAGCUCGGGACAAGCAAGGGAAAGAGGUGGCCAUUAAGUCAAUCCGCAAAGAUCGUAUAAAAGAUGAGCAGGAUAUGCUGCACAUCCGGAGAGAGACUGAGAUAAUGAGCUCGCUCUGCCAUCCUCAUAUUAUAUCGAUAUAUGAAGUGUUUGAGAACAGCAGCAAGAUAGUGAUCGUUAUGGAGUAUGCAAGCCAAGGUGACUUGUAUGAUUACAUCAGUGAACGCCAAAGACUCGGUGACCAAGAGGCACGGCGAUUCUUUCGGCAGAUUGUAUCUGCUGUACAGUAUUGUCAUGCGAAUGGGAUUGUGCACCGGGAUCUAAAGCUUGAGAAUAUACUUUUGGAUGAAAAUAAAAAUGUGAAGAUUGCGGAUUUUGGACUUUCUAACCUCUAUCAUUCAGAUCGAUUUCUGCAGACAUAUUGUGGCAGUCCCCUUUAUGCAUCUCCUGAAAUUGUCAAUGGCAGACCUUAUAUAGGACCUGAGGUGGAUAGCUGGUCGUUGGGAGUUCUUCUCUACAUUUUGGUUCAUGGCUGUAUGCCCUUUGAUGGGCAAGAUUACAAGAAACUGGUAGCUCAAAUCACCUGUGGCGCUUACAAGGAGCCAAGUGGCCCAUCUGAUGCAUGUGGCUUGAUUCGUUGGCUCCUGAUGGUGAACCCAGAGCGCAGAGCCACACUAUCGGAUGUUGCCUCUCAUUGGUGGGUGAACUGGGGGUACCAACAACCGUUAAGUGAAUCGGAGCAAACAAAAGAAUCUGAUUCACCCUUUUCUAUUGUUGGUGGAUGGUUUAGAAGAUCUUCUCGUCCGUUGUGGGAUAAUGGCUCUAAAAUGCGUUCUUUCUUACGCCAGCAUCUUCCAGGGACAGCUUUAACUCGUCAGCGCUCACUCAAGCGCUCUAAGAGGGAAAAUAUGAGCCAAAUAAUAUCGACACAGACUCCCCAGGACAAAAUCUCCUCUGUGCCACCAGCUCCCAAGAAAGGUAUCUUAAAGAAGCCUCCACAACGUGAAUCUGGUUACUAUUCUUCUCCAGAGCAUACUGAGGGAGAAGUUAUGAAUGAAGAAAAUGAUGCAUCCUGUUCUAUUUUUUCCACUGAGGCAACUAUUCUUCCAGUAGUCAGUACAUGCACAGAAGAACCACAAGAACCAGUCAUCAGAAAAGGUAUUCUCAAGCGAAAUGGCAAGUUCUCUUCGGCUGGAGCAGCCCCUGAGUUGUCUUUUGAUGCUGCUGACUGGUCUUUAAAAAAUGAAAAUUUACCUAUAUGUAUGCUUACUCAUGAGAAAGUAUCAUCUUCUAUCAGCCAAGAGAGUAUCCUUUCCACCGAGUCCUUUGAGUUGUUGGAUUUUCCAACCAGAUACAGAGAGCGUCCAAGACGAAAAUUGCGAUCCAUGAGAGCUAGUCUCUCUGCUGAAGAUCUUUUAAACCUAAAUUCAGAGGAUGACUUUGGAUCCGAUGGACCCACACUCUGGAAUAUGGCUAGCUAUCAGGCACGUGUAUCAGAAAGCUGCCUAUCCUUGGGUGUGUCAGAAGAAGAGGCAAUGCAGGUUUACAGGACUGCGGUGCUUAUUGGACGAGAAUCAAGCUGAAACCAAUUUUUAUUUAUUCAAAACCGUGAUUGCUUACUGUCACUGGUGAGUUACAGGUUGUCAAAGUAUGUGACCUUGAUGUUGCCUCCUUUAAAAGCACAAAAGGAGCUCAUUAUGGCAUCCUGAAAUUGGAAGUCUGCUGAUUUUAAAAAGUUUGACAAAAUUGUACUGAACAGAAAAAGUACUUGUGAUGAACUGGUGUUUUUUCUUUGCUAUGAAUUUUUUUUUCCUCCCCAAAGAAAUGGCUAACUGGGUUUUAAGAGACUGCAUAUUUCAGGUUCAUAUUGGUGCCAGCUGCUGCCUUUUUAAACUUGUGUCUAAACAAGGUGUGAGUGUACGCCGCCGCCGCCUUUUUUUUUUUCAUGUACUCCCACUCUGUUAAUAAUGAUUGACUGUGAAUGCUGAAUUUAUUUUGCUACCCCUCCCUUUAUGAAUGUAAGGGCAGCAUGUAAAUCCCCCAUUUUACAUCCUGCUAGAAGAAAACAAAAAGGGAUUUUAUGCAGCGAUUUAAUUACAUCGAGCAUAAGUGUUUGGCACUAAACCUAAAGAAAUGUGAAAAUGUGGUUACUCGGUGAUGGCUCCUUUCAGCACUGAUUAAUUUUUAUUUGCACAGAUCCUGGCUUGUACUCAAAUGCAAGUGUGUGUGUGUGUGUGUGUGUGUGUGUGUGUGUGUG